AUGAGGAUAGCAAGUUGCCUAAGCAUCGAUGGUGGAAGUGACUACGAACGAGAAAAGACAUCUGCGGAACACGGUCAAGCGGCUUGGUUCGACAAGGUUAUCAACGACACAAUUCGAAAGGACCUCGACAAAGCUAAUAAUGCAGUGAGUUCGUUAACUAUGACGACAUAUCCGACGAUAAAAAAACUGGCGAAAGAAUUAAAAGUGUUUGAGGAGCAAGCCAUAAGUGGCAUGAAAACGUUGAAAAACAAAGAAGUCUCGGUGAAUCUCACCCAAGUAGGAAGCAUUUUCUUCUAG